UGUGCGUGUGUUUUGUGCACAUGCGCAGUGUCUCUCCGAAGUGGCGCUGUGCAGCCGUUUGCAGCGGAUUUAGCAAAUGCUCUAUUGAAAUGGCAGGAAUUAAAGCGCUCAUCAGCCUGUCCUUUGGCGGAGCCAUCGGGCUCAUGUUUCUCAUGCUGGGCUGCGCUCUUCCGGUUUAUGAUAAAUACUGGCCCCUCUUUGUGCUCUUCUUCUACAUUCUCUCUCCCAUCCCAUACUGCAUCUCACGGAGGGUCGUUGACGACACAGACGCUGCCAGUAAUGCCUGCAAGGAGCUUGCAGUCUUCCUCACCACAGGCAUCGUGGUCUCCGCUUUCGGCCUCCCAAUUGUUUUCGCCAGAGCUCAGGUGAUCGCCUGGGGAGCCUGCGCACUCGUGCUGACGGGCAACGUCGUCAUCUUUGCCACCAUUCUGGGCUUCUUUGUUGUCUUUGGCUCCAACGACGAUUUCAGUUGGCAGCAGUGGUAAAGGCUUGUGCGCAGACUGACUUUUUAAGUGUAGUUAUUUAAACGAGCAGCCAUCCAUUUGGGUAUGCUAACAAUCUGUGCAAUAGCCAGUGUUCUGGUUCCAUCUCGAUGUUAUGGUCUGUACAGUUUAGGUUCUUUCUCCUCAUUUUUCUGUCUUUUUCGUCUAAGCAUCCCUUGAAUAUAGAAGAGUAAGGGAACAAGGUUCUGCAUUGUAGCCCCGGUUCUGCAUUGUAGCCCCAGUUCUACAUAUCUGCUUGACCUCGUCAUAAUCUAAGCUAUAUUUAUAUUGGACAAUAUGAUAAAUUGCUUCAGUCAGAUUGUUCCCUCAAGUCCUUUGGGCUAAAUGGGUGCUGCCUAUAGCAAAGGUCUGAAGAAAAUGUUCAGUUUUGUUUUACCUUGUGUUACCCCAGACUUUGAUUAUUUUCAUACUCGCAGCAAUUCCAACCACUUUUGACUCAUACGUUGUUUCAGCAUCGCUGAUGCGGCAUCUUAAAAAUGUCUUGAUGGCCGUUCUUGACCUUGCAUUUAUUGACUGACUGUGGCCACUGAAAAACUGGGAUUUAUGAACCAACAAGAGAAGCGUUUUUCUUGCAGUCGGGGGUGGGGAGGCUGUGUGCCUCAUGCUGGUGUUACACUGAUUCGGUCUGGGUCAAAGUGUCUCAAAUCUUUCCUCAUGGGAUUGUUCAUCCACAUACCAUAGAACCGACACGACAAAGUGACUGCACUCUGUCACUGUAAACAUUUCCACCUCUAGAGCAUCACUAAUAGACAAUUUCUCAUAAAACUUGUGGGCAGAACCAGAUUGACAAUUGUAAACAGGAACACUUUGAAUGUAAACUAGUGAUGGCUGAUAGUAGCUAUGAACAGCAUAUAUGUUCUGUUAAUUGCAUGCGGUGCUGGGUGGCUUGAUCAGGACUUUUCCCAGUUGCUCUAAAUGUAGAAAUAAGAAUGUUGGGUCCCAACUCCGUUAUAUACACUGAUUAACUUCCAGUUGACUGGUUGUCAAGUUCCCUUUUACUGUGUUCUGUGAGGAUUGUUCUCAAACCACCAUAGAAUGAUUAUAUUUUUGGUCAAAGCUGUUUGCUAACCACAUUUUUAGACCACUCGUCCUACUUGAGACACAUUGUAGGAAUCAGUUUUCAGCCGGCGCAAAACUCAGUGUGUGACAGCAUGAGGAGUGCAGCUUCUAUGCAGCAUGGUUUUGGCAUUAAGGACUCCCCUGUGUGCCGAAGAGUGACGCUGUUUGCCGUUUUGGAAAUGUUAGAAAGCGUCUGUUGGACUACCUCGGACUUCCUCUUUCUUUGUUUGUACCCAGUUAUCUCGGUGGAAUCUGCAGCACACAGGUUCAUUUCCUUGAACCGUAAUUCCGUAAUGAAUCUGAAAUUUCUUCUUAUGCAUGCUUUUAUAGCCCAUUGCAUGUCAUUGGAACCUGUUAGUUCAGGGCCCCCAACAUGAGCUACCGUUUAUACCACACUGUGAGGUGACAGUGGUAAAACAUACCUUCUCUACGUGGGUGUUAAAAGGGUCUUGAGUGAACUGACAAAAAUUGUGCACCUCUUAUUUUAAAAUGACAGCCACUUUCUUUCUACUUCUUUAAAAUCCUUAUUUAUCUUUUAUGUACUUUUUUGCAGGGCUCUUGAGAAUAUCAUAUGUGAAAAGGUGUUAAUUCUCCCAUUCAGUCAGUUGAGCUUCAUAUUCAUACAGUACUUUGGCUAAUACCUUAGGGAUAUGUGUGAAGCUGAAUUCUUUGUAAAAACCCUUAAAACAGGGUUAAAAUAUGUUGUAUGUAAGCAUCAAAAACACUUUAUUUAAGGGACAAAUGAAAGUUACGUUCGUAUUGUUGUUUAUGUAAUGCAAGACCACCGAAGCGGUGGACUCGAGUCAGCCUUGCGGAACGAACACUGAAGUUCUUCACUCCACUGUGAAAACACAUUUAUGCCACAGUUUUGUUUUGUCAACGGGUCUGCUUAUAUGUAGAACAAAUCGAGGUAUCUGAGUUUUUUUUUUUUUUUUUUUUUUUUUCUUCAUGCAUUUCUGAAUUCCUUACCAAUAACCAACCAGAAAUAAUGACUGAAUUUAUUGAAGGGUGAAAGUUUAUAUGUUUGUCUGUUACAGUGAGUUGAUUGAUGUGUUUAAAACUCCCUUGAAGUCCCUUUGCCUUUUCCUGUAAUAUGUUAAUUUAACUGAAAGCAUUUUGUGGGUUCUGUUUGUUAUUUAUAAGGAAGUUAUAUAUGUAAAAUGUGCUGAACAACGUUAUUGUGUUGCAUCUGGACUCUGAUGUCGGGGGUUCCAUUGAAAAUAAAUCACAUUUUUUGGA